AUGGGAACCUCAUUGUUGGGCGACUUUGAACAGCAGUAUUCUGUGCAAACGGCAGAGAUAACAGCACGUAUAGGCGGAUUAAACAGCUUGGAAAAAAGUGAGGUUGUACAGGGGAUUCAAAAUAUUCAACGCCUUCUCGUUGAUGUUGAGAACCUUUUGGAACAGAUGGAGUUGACGGUUAGGGGGAUCGAUUCUACUAGCCCAGAUCGUUCCAAAUACGAAUUAAGAGUACGCAGUUAUCGGAACGAUAAGAAACAGUUAGAAGCAGAAUUAAAACGGACUAUACAGCGGAUUAAGGAGGGCAGCGAUAGGGAAGACUUGUUGGGUUUUGAUAACGAAAUAUCCUUAGAUCAGUUGAUUGAAAAUACGCAGCGUCUAGAACGGACCUCGAGGAGGUUGCAGGACACUUAUCGGAUGGUAAUGGAAACUGAACAGAUUGGUGCGGAAGUGUUGGGUGAUUUGAGUACACAACAUGAAACUCUUGCACGGGCACGUGAUCGUAUGCGUAGUGCAGACACUGAUCUUAAUAGGAGUCAGUUGGUUUUAUCUACGAUGAUAAGAAGAGUAAUUCAGAAUCGUUUGUUGCUUUUGGGGAUUGCGAUACUGUUACUCUUCUUCCUUUUGCUGAUUAUUUAUAAAUCUAUCUAA